CUUACAAAGAAAAACAAAACGCAGAAAACAGAAACAGCAAAGAGGAAAAAGUGAACUCUAAACGCAUUGCAUAACCGGCCCUAAGCAGAACGUCGUAUCAUUAGCCCAGCUUAAGGAAUUAUUAUGCUAUAAAUAUGAGAAACACUAACGAUAUACACAUCAUUGUGCUCAUUUGCUGUUUGCUACAAGGUUUCGCGUUGGGCGUGCGCAUGAUUAAGGUCUCCAUACCCGCCUUCAAAAUGCGUGGUGAAUCCGCCUUCAUGGAAUGCCAAUAUGAGUUGAAUCGGACGCACGGACCACAGAUAUCCAGCAAUGGGCAUCGAGAGCGCGAUCGCUAUCCACAUGGCGGUAGCGAUGUCCACUACGUGGAUGCGGAUAAUGAAAGACAGUCAUAUCGACGCAUGCAUCAGGGACAGCGACCAUAUCAACAGCACCAGCAGCGCCGGCAACAGCAUCAGCCGUUGGCUCUGAGGCAGUAUCAGAGCCAGUCGGAGGGGCAUAACCCACCACUGCCGCCGCCACAGUCACCCUAUGGCCACAGCGUAUAUCGGGGCAGUGCAGCGUCCGGAUAUCUGGGCGGCCGGCUGAGCGCCAGCGUGAAUAAUGGUGGAGGAGGCGGGAGUAUGGGCAAUGGUGGCAGCUCCAGCGGUUCCAUUUCGUACAUGCCUGACUUUGGCCGCGACGAUAAAUUCAAUGAAAGUGAGGAGGGCGAGGAUGAAGAUGAGGAGGCGCAGGAGGAGGGCGAGGCGCUGUACGCCAUCAAAUGGUACAAAGACAACGAGGAGUUCUAUCGCUAUGUGCCAAAGGCUCGUCCGCCCAAAACCAGCUACCGUGUGGAUGGUGUGCGCGUCAUUGAGGAGCUGUCCGAUGCUAGUCGCGUUUUGCUGCGGGGCCUGACCCUAAACUCCACAGGCCUCUAUCGUUGUGAAAUCUCCGCUGAGGCGCCAAAUUUCUCAUCCGUUCAGGGCGAGGGUCGCCUGGAUAUUGUUUUUCUACCACGAGACGGCCCUCAUAUUAGAGGACAGCAGUAUCAGUAUCAAAUCGGUGAAUAUUUAAAUUUAAAUUGCACAUCGGGGAAAUCACAUCCUGCCUCUCAUCUGCAGUGGUUCGUGAAUGAGCAGCCGAUACUGGAUGAGCACUACCUGCACAAAUACACCGAUAUCGUGCAUAAGCAUGGACUAAUCACCUCAAUACUGGGCCUGCAGCUGGAACUGGAGCCGCGACACUUCCAGGAUGGCGACAUGCGCGUCAAGUGCCUAGCUAGCAUAUCGCCGGUGCUGUGGAAGGGUGGCAAGGAGAGCAUUCUGCAGCGCCGACCUGGCAUUAUUGACAAUCGCGAGACCAUGCUGCUGGUACGCAGUGCGGCUGGCCAAUCUGGGAGCAAUAUACUGCGCCUACUGACCAUCACCAUCAUCCUGGCGCGCAUUGGUCAGUGGCUGCUCAGUCCCGAGCUUACUUAGAGUGAUUUGGAAGUGGUGUCCAAGGCAGACACAUGAUUUUCAAUUCAAUUCAAUUGCAAUUGCAGAGCAUAAAUGGUGAUUUUGUAUACUUAAAGUGUAAUAUCUUUAGUUUCUAAGCGAUAACCGAUAACAGGAAAUUUCCCCGGCAACCACUCAAAUCAAUAAGCGAAUAUGUCGAAAAACCUUUUGACCGAAAAAUAUCAAUGUCAUAAGGAGAGAGAGCCGGAGAGUCACUCAUCAAUUAAAAGGAGACGACAAAUGUGGUAAAUCUAGUGCAAAUACGUGGCUCGUGGCUCACAUACGUAAAGCAUAAAGUAAAUCAUAUCGAAAAUGAACAGUGAAAUUUUAAACAAGACGAGAAACCGAAAUCGAGAAUUUAUCUGUUUGCUUCACGUGAAAUCCAAUUAAAAACAAUUCGACAAAAAAAGCAUUCCAAUUAGGCACACAGUUAAGAGAUAGUCGAGAGUAGCAGUUUCUGUGUAAAUAAUUGAAGGAAAGUAAAGCAAAAUUCAAGCCUCACACAUACGUGUACCGAUAAUUGUAAGCCUCAGAUAUUUCAUUUGCGUCAAUUUCAAUGCACAGAAUUUACUUUUGUAUAAAUAAAUUUGUUAAGUGAGUAGUCUUUCAUUCAAAGUCAAUAGAAUUUUGUAAACUGUUUAAAUGGCUGGUGCUCUAAGCAUUUAUUAAAAUUCUCGAAUUUUAUACACUACUAUUUCAAGAGCUCGUCUUCUAUUUGGAAUACA